GACAUUUGGGACCAGUUUCCAAUUUUUCUGCGCUGCAGGAGCAAGCAAAAAUACAAUACAGAAUAAUACCACAGAAGAGCAGGCCCCGCGCCCGCGCCGUGGCAGGAGCGAGUUUUAGUGCGUCUGUGGCAUCGUCCGAGCUUCUUUUUUCUGGCGUGUCAUCGCGGCCACCAUUAUCUUUCCCUCCCCGCGACAUCAGCCCAGGAAAUAAGGGCGCCGAUUGACACGGCUUGACCUCGCCCUCCACCAAGAAGCUCCGUAUGCUCUCCUUGCGACCGUGAGCCGCAUAAUUCUCCCCAGACGCCUUCGAACGCCUGUCGCGUUUCUCAGCCUGGCGCUGAACCGCAGCGCGCCAUGGACGACACAAACGGGUCGCUCAAGGGCCCGAAGCCCAUGAACGGCAUCAAUGGCGCUAUAAAAUCAACACUCAACGGCCACCCCGUUGGCCCUAAGAAGAGAAUUACGCCCUCUCGGCCCGGCUUCCUUGCUCGCAGCCUCAGCGCCCUCGCCAGACUUUUGACAUGGUAUUCCAUCUUCACGAUUCUGCUUCGGUGUCCAUCGACCCUCGACGCCUGUGACGAGACCUCUCCACGAAUUUGCAAGCCCUACUUCCAACUCGUACAAGCCGUUUCUCCCAUCUUCGAGCCCUACUAUGACGCCUACGCAGCGCCCUAUGUGGAUAUUGUUCGGCCGUACUACAAUGUAGUUGACCAGAGAGUCAUCUCGCCAAGCUGGGGAUACGCGAAGAAGCACGGCGCUCCCAGGUUACAACUGGCUGAGUCAUAUGGGAGGGCGCAGUGGGAGAAGAGCGUUCAGCCCCAGAUUGCUAAGUAUCAGCAUCUCGCCGUCGCCCAGUAUAACCAGAACUUGGGCCCACAUGUCACUCGCGUUACAGCCGUUGCUGGGCCCUAUUUCGAGAUUGCGCGCACCAACGCCCUGCAGACAUAUCACGAGUUUUUGUUACCUUCAUACCAGUACAUACAGCCGUAUGUCUAUCAGGGCUAUGCCGCUGCCUCGGAUUUCACCACGGGAAAGGCUGUGCCGUCGGUUAUUUGGGCCUGGAAUAAGACCUACGUAUUUCUCGACGCGACUGUCUGGCCGCAGUUGAGGGUUAUCUACGUCGAGAAUGUCGAACCGCAACUUGUCAAGAUUGGCAAGCGGCUAGGCAGGUACAAUAGCGGCAAGAAGACUGUUCCCAAGACAGUUACCGAGUCGCAGCCAAGUUCAUCCAGUAAAGCCUCAUCGUCAUUUGCUAAACCUUCCGUUUCCGCCUCCUCGAGCUCAUCAUCUUCAAGCUUGUCUUCUUCGACGACUUCAAGUGUCGCAACGCAGGUCGAGGAGGAGGACAACACUACGGAGUCGACAAAGCCGAGGUCGACUGCAGACCUUGUGCCACCUCCUGAGGUUGAUGGCUCAGUUGAAAACGAGGAUCCCGUCCGUCGGACUGCCCGGGAGACCGUUGCUGCCGACCUGAAAGACUGGCAGGAAAGAUACUCCAAGGCCGCUGACGAGGGCGCCGCGGAGAUAGACGAGCGAGUUCAAGAGAUCACGAAGAGGAUGGUCCGGCGCAACGCAAGAAUUACGGGCAAGUCUCUACUAGAACAGCUUCAGAAAAGCACUGUAUCUGGCCUGGUCGGCCUUCGCCGCGAUAUCCAAGCAAUCGUCGGUGCGGCCAACAAGGGAAGCGCCUCUCCAAAGGAGAGCGAGGAGGAAAUUGUCAAGGUCGUUCGGCUGGCGGGCAUGGCCAUCAGGGAGAAGGCCCUAGAUGUGCGCGCGUGGCGUGAGAGUUACGAGGCCGAGAUGCAAGCGGCCAUCACGAAGGCGGCAGAAACUCAUUUUGCUAUCCUUGAGAACAUACGAGAUCUUGCGCUUCAGAAGAUUGGUAUGAAAUGGGCUUGGAUGGAUGGCAUUACCUACAAGGACUGGGCGAAGUACCAUCUUCUCAAGAGCCGUUUCGACGAGUGGCAAGGCGACCUGGAGAAUCUGAUUGUAACCCACCCUAACCUUGAGGCCGCCCAGCUCGAAGGCGCCAACAUCGAGGACGAGGCUAUGAAUAUCGCAGCAUCCGCCGCCAAGGAGCUUGCACGCCUUAAGCAGGUUGCCAAGUGGAAGCUCGCUGCAUCCGACGACACUUCCGAAUUUGAUAGCACUCUUAUGGAGCAGGCCGCCGAGGCUGCUACGGCCUUGAAGGAUGCGGCAGCUAACCUUCUAAGCAAGGCCGAAGACUCUGCUGUUGCGGGCAAGGAUGCGGUUGCAGAGAAGAUUGAAGAAGGGGCCAACCUAGCAGCUGAACUUGUCGAGGACGCGAAGGAGGCUGUCAAGAAUGCUCUAAGCACGGCUGAAGAGCAAUCGGAACAGGCUGUACGGUCGGCAAGCGAAAUUCAGUCUGCUGCUCAGGCCUCAUCGUCACUCGGGGAGUUUGCCUCCAAAGCUUCACAUUCUGUAAGCAGUGCAGGAUCUGCCUCCACUGAGGCAACACUCGCAUCGGAAGGCGGCGACUCGACUACACAACAAGCCCCGGAUCUUGCAUCCACCAUCAUCUUGGAACAAACUCCAAUUGUGGCCGGAAACACCAGCGAGCUAAAAGAAGACGGCCCUGCCCCGAUCCAGCUCCCAGUCGAGGAUUCGGAUCUUGAAACCCACGACAUCCUAGUUCCCACAGAAGAACUACCCGUCUCGGCUUCCCCGUCGUCAGUGAAGCCUGCGUUUCUUGGCGCCGCCGCGCAGUCUGUUCCCAGCCGGGAGCCCAUACUUGAAGAUGUAGACGAUGUUGCGGGCGUGAUGGAGUCGGUACGUCAAGAGUUGAAGUCGGCAUACUCAGCGGCCAUGUCACGCGCAGAUGCCCAGUACUCGCAGGCUAUCUCUGUGCUGUCUGUCCAAGUCCACGGGACUCCUCUUCCCGCCCACCAGAAAAUGCUUGCAUCAGUUACUUCGGCCUACAGCAAGGCGGUGGCGUCGGCAAGUGCUGGACUCGAUGACGCAUUGGAAGCUGCAUCGCAUCAAAUAUACGGCACACCAACAACAAAAAACAUCAUUCCGACCACGAUACCUAUUCCAUCUAUGCCGAGCAUUGACUGGCCUUCAAUGGAAAGUAUCGAAUCCAUUGCUGCCGAUAGACUCCGGGACGGCCGUGUUUGGGCCGAGGAGCAGUUUGAGAGUGCCAAGAUUGCCGUUGGUCUUGCUACUCCGACUCCAUCGUCGCCUGCGAGUUAUGCGAGCAAAUUCCUCGACAACGCUAGACACAAUUACUACGCGGCGAUUGGCGUGGCCCAUGUCAGGCACUCCGAAUUCAUGGCUGCCGCAAGUUCAGCCCUCAGCUCUCUGACCGCUACGCAAACACCAACCAACCUUUCUGGAACCGCGUCAUCCAUUGUUUCGGUUGCCAGUGAGUCUGCGUCUUCUGCAGCUUCGGUAGUUAGUGAGUCUGCUGCUUCUGCCGUUUCGGUAGUUGGGAACAAUUUAUCCUCUGCAGCUUCUCUCGUUGGGGAGAGUGCAGCUUCUGCAGCGUCUGUUCUUGGCGAAAACGUGUCGGCUGCUGCUGCGGCCGGGUAUGAUAACGUGGCAGGCGCUGCAGACAAGGCUGCCGAAAGCUGGGAAGUGGUAGUCAGCAAGAUUAGCAUCCAGGUCUACGGGGCACCGACACCAACUCCGUGGUACGAGAGCAUAUUCAGUGUUGCCAGCGACUACGCUUCGUCGGUUACUCAGGCCGCCGGCGAUGGCGCGGCAUCCGUUACAAGUGCUGCUGGCAGUUAUGCUGCCGGGGCUUCCGAUGAGGCUUCCAAGAAAUACUCGGCAGUGAGCAGCAUCGUCUUAGAACUGCUUGUUGGGAAGGAGCCAACAUUUUCCGAAAGCGUAUUAUCACGGCUCUAUGCGGCCUACGAGACUGGUGUAUCUUCCGCAUCCAGUCUCGCCAGUGCUGCACAGGCGACAGCUGCGUCGGCGGCCGACGAGGCAGUUGAAGCCAUGAAAAGCAUUGGCGACAAUGUGGCUAGUGCUGCGAGCGAAGCUAUUGAGGCGGUCAAGGAACCGGUACGUCAUGCAAAGGACGAACUCUGA